GUGAUUGUUGAAUUCUGUGCGAGGUGAUAUGCCGCACAGAAAAAUUCAGUAGAGACUGAGUCUCUCUCUGCUGUGUUAUUGUUGAAUUCUGUGCGAGGUGAUAUGCCGCACAGAAAGAUUCAGUGGAGACUGAGUUUCUCUCUGCUGCGUGAUUGUUAAAAUUAGUGCGAGGAGCUGUGCCGCACAAAAAGUCAGUACAGACUGACUUUGUCUUUGCUGUGUGAUAUUGUUGAAUUUAGUGCGAGCGAGGAGCUGUGCCGCACAAAAAGUCAGUACAGACUGACUUUGUCUUUGCUGUGUGAUAUUGUUGAAUUUAGUGCGAGGAGCUGUGCCGUACAGAAAAAGUUCAGUGGAGAAUAACUUUCUCUCUGCUGUGUGACAUUAUUGAAGCCUGUGCGUGAAUUGUGACUGUUAUGACCACAUAUAUGCUGAAAAUUGAACUUGUCUCAAAGUGGUGUCUUGGAGAAAACCUCACACAAAGUGUCUCAGUACUGCACUGAAAGGGUCAGUUGCUCGGAACGAACGUGUCAUACAAACUGACCGGCUUUGUGAAGGCCUCCAAUAAGGCUGGUUGCCCGAAACGGAAGUGUCAUACAAACCAGCCGGCCAUUAAAGAGACGUUGCUGUUGUUGGGAUGGAUGGUGAAUUUGAUCGUGAGGUAGAUGAUGAUGGGUGGGGCCGUUAUCUCUACAGGCAGAGUGGAUCUUAAAGGGCAUAGGGAAAGAAGAUGGAGUUGUGGUGACAGCGAAAGGGAGGGAAAAGUAUGCUGAUAUGCUGCAAGAGCUUAUCGAAGGGAGAGAAAAUGAAAGAUCCUCACUAGGAGAUCUCAUCUGGGCACGUGGGAAAGAAGAGCUAGCAAAAGGAGAUGCAGCAAGGAAGAAAGCAGCGCUAGGCAGCAUUUUGCUCCGCAGAAAAUAUAAACAGGCCGUAAAAAAGCAUUUUAGAAGACUUGCUAGGUGGCAGACGUUGGGAGUAGCCCACAGAGGGACAGAGCAUCUUACUAAUGUAAAAAAGGCAGCUGAGAAAGGUUUGACAGGGAUUACCCCCACCCCAAAUACAGACAUGAGAUUAUUCAAAUCAGCACACACACACAGUAAGACACAGAAGGACACACCCACCAACACAAAGGGUGCCACCCCAGCUCCGCCUCCACCAGCUACCCCUCCCUCUAUCCUGCCUCCUCCCACCGCUGAACGAACGAAUCCUUUCUCAGGUCUCCACCCCUCAGCUCCGCCUCCCACAGCUCCGCCUCCCAAAGCUCCGCCUCGACCCCCACCUUACCACUCCGCUCAGUCUGGUUUUCACAGAAAAAAACUCUCACCCACUAAUCCUUUUGUGAGCACUUCUCUCUACCCAGUGAUCAACAUCAAUGAAGGACAUCUGAAGAUUGACAUACCCCCCACCAUGAUGCCUCAACAGCCGGACCCCUCCCUGACUUCUCACAUUCCUAGACACAAGGCACCAUCCAUGGCCUCUAGGACUUCUGGUACCACCACCAUCGACCUCUCAGACUACGAGGACAGAGAAGGCAACAAUACCUACAGAGACAUGGGUGAAGACAGCGACUCUGAAGCCGAGGACAGCGAGGAGGAGGAAGAGGAGGACCAGCUGGAUGCACCAUUCGGAGACCGUCAGGCCCGCUUUUUGAGUGAGUUUAAAAAAGAAUUACAAUUUAAAUCUUUGCCCACACCAGAUUCACUGCCCGCUCCUGAGCCACAGCAGAGAUCCACCCCCAGGGGACAGGUUAAGACGGUGAUACCGUCCCCGAACAGAGGCUCACAGAGUUCACAGAGUUUGCCCUGCACAGCCCAACUCACGGUAAGAGGUACAUAUGACCCCAAUCCUACCAUGAGCACUCUCAAUAAAAUACUGCAAGACACCCUAGAUGUUACAGGUGCAGAGCUCAUGCGCAGCAGAGUGGAGGAGGAACUCAGACAGGAAGUGAGAGACGAAAUGCUCAGCACCAUGAGAGAUGAGAUGCAGAGGACCACCAGAGGCUCCACCGUCAACUAUACGGAUAACACGGACGCCAGUGAAGCCAUGGCCCGACCCACUGCCACCCUGGAGGAACAGCAGCGUAUGACGAACGAAAAAAGGGUGAGUGCACCUCUCAGCCACCAUCACUUCACACGCUCAAAAGCCAUGUUACCUCCAGCAUAUCCAGACGCAGCUACAGCACACCACAGCUCCUCCGCUUUCCCUCUGGUUGAAUCCAGUGGUGGACACAAAAUCUAUAAACCAUUCGCUGUUAGCGAUACACAAACCAUCAGUGAUAAGCUGCCCCCCAUCUCUGAGGGAGGCAACUUAUGGCUGGACAAAUUGGACUGCCUGACUAAAGGCCAAGAUCUAGCCCUCGGCGAUUUCAGGGCUAUUCUCGCGCUCUGUGUCACCCCUACCGAACUCAGGGACAUCGAAACCUGUGCAGGCACCAUUUCCUGCAAUGAUGACAGGCAGCUAGUCACAGUAAUUAGGGCUCUGCGUAACGAGCUCCGUUCCAAAUACCCGCUUCCCAACGGUCCAAUGAUCCCCAAGUUCUCAUGGGAAAAAGUCUCUCUCCUAGCGAGUAUCUAGCCCAGUGCAAGGAACAAUGGUCCAAAUACACAGGGGUUCACCCCAGUAAGGGCCAGGAACAUUGGUUUAGAGAUGCUGUAAUUAAAGGUGUUCCAGCAGACGUUAGAGAACACUUGGAAAACAGCCCAGACCUUCCGGGCUCAACCUGCCUGGUGUGGGAACGACAUCUCAAACACCACCUACAGAGAGCGAAAGACAGAGCUGACAAAGAAGGUGAUGAUGACAAAGACAUGCAGAGACAACUUAUGAAGCUGCAGCUCACCCAGGCUCGGAGAAAUAUCACUGAGGGUAAGAAAGAUCGUAAUACAGAUAAAAUUAUGAUUGCCGCUGCCUCUAACGACCCACAGAUUUCACCUGACAUGUACCCAGUGCCCCAGCGGGCAGAUUGUUCUCCCUAUUCUCCUCCCACAGAUCAAUCUCAGGGUUCGUGGGGCAGAGGACGUGGAGCGAGGUCUGGUGGACCCUACAGGGGAGGAGGUUUCCAGGGCAGCAGGAGAUUUCGUAACAACGGCCCUCCCCGCCAGGGCGGUUACUGGAAUCAGGCACAAACAGCACCUACACGCAACAACGCCUGCCACUCCUGCGGCAUGAAUGGACACUGGUGGCGUGAAUGUCCGAACUAUCCACCAAACCCUCCGCAGCAACACAGCUACCCGAUGCGUGGCAUGGCCCGUGGACCACCUCCGCUGAGACAGGGAGGACCACCCCCACGGCAGCAGCAGCAGCAACAGCAGCAGCAGCAGGCCCACCAGUUUCCAGUCGCAGUCACUGCCUGGGACCAGACCUGGGAGGCUCAGGACGCCUACCAGUAUCCUCAAUGACACGCCCCACAGAGCGACUCGGACAGCGGGGUAACGGCAGAGCCCAUGCUGUCCAUGACGGUCCGGGACCACGCUCUGCCCUUUCUCGUUGACACAGGGGCUACCAGAUCUACGGUUAAUCAGGACAUUGGGCCUCUGUCUGGACGGACGAUGAGCGUGGUGGGUUUCUCUGGGGUAAGUCAGAUUCUGUCAUUUACCAUCCCCCUCCCCACACACGUAGCGGGACAGAAAUUACAACACCCCUAUCUAGUGUCUCCCAGUGUUCCAGUCAAUCUCCUGGGUAAGGACCUACUCUCGAGACUCAAUGCACAGAUCCUCUGCGGUCAGCAGGGCCUCACUGUCACGUUCCCGGAUGGGACUGAAGUUCUAUGUGCACAAGGGAUUGGGGACACACACCAGUACCUCCUCAGAGACACUGAACCUAGAUUUGCAGACAUUUUCUGGGCCCUGUUGGAGCCAUCACAAAUGGGCUCUACUCAUGUUAUCUCCAUUGGAAACCCUGGAUCCUCAGCGUCCACCCCUACAUGGCUCCACCUGACCCGCUCCAUCUGACUCUGUUCUACGACCGGGAGGGUAAUGAAUGUUACCUAGAGGAAUUCCAAAAUCAGCUAGAAGGUAAGACCUGGCAGCUACAUUCUGGUGACAUUUUGGUGGGACAACAGGGCAAUGGUUAAUCUCACAAGAGAGCAACAGUCCUGGUAUAAUAUGUCUGAGACUGCUUUCCCCCACAUUUCGCUGGCUCUCCAUCCGGGACAUGAGGCUCGCGAAUUGGGCCCCAUGGUCAAAGCAGCAGUCUUAGCCUCAGACUGGUCUUCCUCCGGCCUGCCUGGCGUGCUCCGCUCUCCGUCCCUGAAAAUGUUCAGAAUUGUGAGUACUACCACUGACUCUGCUUUAUGCACACAUGAACUCAUACCUAGAGACCAUGGUAGAGAAAAAUCUGAUCAUCCAAAAGCACAGGAGCUUAUCUCCUCCCUCCCAGUCCCAUUGUGGGCCGAGGGUCCAACCGAUGUCGGAUUGAUCCACUGUAAAUCUCAUUCCAGCUGAAUACUGACUCUCCGGUCUGGGUGCCACAGUACCCUCACAAAAGAGAGGCAGAAUUGGGCAUUCAGGACACCAUAGAAGGCCUGUUAGACUCUGGUGUCCUCGAACCCUCCAACUCCUGCUGGAACACACCCAUUCUACCAAUUGAAAAGAAGGGCACCGGUCAGUACCGUAUGGCCCAUGACCUCAGAGCCAUCAAUCAGAUUCUAGGGACCAAUACGGUCCCGGUGCCAAACCCAUAUGUUGCUCUGAACAAUCUGUCUCCCGAACAAGCAUGGUUCACAUGUAUUGAUCUUGCUAACGCUUUUUUCUGUCUCCCUUUACAUGAGAACGUUCGGGACAUCUUCUCGUUCACCUACCAGCGUCGCAGACUCCGUUACACCCGCCUCCCACAGGGAUUCGCCCUCUCCCCUGGCAUCUUUAACCAGGUUCUGAAAGAGAGUUUGGCUGACCUGCAGCUGCCCGAUGGCACCACAGUGAUUCAAUAUGUCGACGACCUGCUCAUUGCGUCCACCACAGCCGAGUCCUGCCUGCAGGCCACACGGGCCCUGCUCCUACUCCUGGCCCGCCACGGGUUCAAGGUCAGUCAACCUAAGUUGCAAAUCGCGCGGAAACAAGUUUCUUUCCUCGGCAGACUACUGUCACAAAAGGGGGCCUCAUUGUCCCCCGCCCACCGCACAUCCAUUCUGCACCACACCAAGCCUGACACUGUCAAAGCUAUGCUGUCGUUUCUCGGUCUGGUGGGUUACAGCAGGCAGUACAUACCUGAUUUUUCCACUCUCACAUCUCCGCUGAGAGCCAUGGUCACCUCUGCAGGUAUGAGAAAUCUGAAUGCGAAGCUGACAUGGUCCCGCAACUCGGAAGAAGCUUUUAUCAAACUCAAACAAGAACUCGCUGCGUCCGCCGAAUUGGCCCUCCCCGACUACGCGCGCCCGUUCUUUUUGGAUGUUUCUGAAACAGAAUCUGUUGCUAACGGUAUUCUGUUCCAGAAAAAAGGGGGAGAGAGAACGGUACUGAUGUAUCUCAGUGUCAUCCUUGACCCCACAGAAAAACGUCAACCAACGUGCACAAGACAUGCUGCAGGUGUUGCCAAACUCAUCAACAAAAGCGCACACAUAGUUAUGGGACACACACUUCACAUCUUGACAUCACACAGCGUUGUAGCUUAUGUGAACUCGCAAACUUUUACGAUGUCCUCCACAAGACAGCAAAAACUCGCUCGCAUUCUCGAAGCCCCAAACUUGCUAUUCACUCAUGAAGGUGUUAACAUGGCUGAGCGUUUGGGGGAAGGUGUGUUGCAUGAGUGUGCCCACAGGGUUGAAAAAGAAGAAAAAGCCAGAGAAGACCUCCAGACGGAACCCAUCCCAGGGGCCAGAAACCUAUACACAGACGGAUGCUGCUACAGAGAUGAGAAGGAGGGACUCAGAGCAGGAUUCUCUGUGAUAGAAGAAACACCAGACGGACUCAAGACGGUAACAGCACAAAAGCUCAAUGGACCACAGUCAGCCCAGAGAGCAGAAGUCGUGGCAGUGAUUGAAGCCCUGAAAGCAGGUAAAGACCAAGACAUUAACAUUUACACUGACUCAGCCUAUGCAGUACACGCAGCACAAGUAGACCUAGGACAAUGGAUGAGAGCGGGCUACCUAACUGCAAAACAAGAACCCAUUAAACACAUGGAUGAAAUGAAAGAGCUUGCAAAAGCACUGUGGUUUCCCCAGAAGGUAGCCAUCAUCAAAUGCAAAGGACACGACAACAGCGGAUCCAGAGUUGCCAUGGGCAACCAAGCAGCGGACUCCGCAGCCAAAGCAGCCGCAGGAUAUCAUGAGAAGCUCCUGUUGGUAAGACCAGACACAGAGACACAAAUGACAAAACUGUCCCUUACAGAAAUCUCAAAAGAACAGGACCUAGCCUCACCUGAAGAGAAGACAGUGUGGAAACUCAGAGGCGCAGUCCUAUCGGAAGGGACCUGGAGAUCCCCAGAUGGAAGGUUGGUUCUGCCACCUGGGCUCAAAGACAGUAUCUUCUCAGAAGCACAUGGAGUUGGCCAUGCAGGCAUCUCCCAGAUGAAAGUGGACCUCAAAGAAUGGUGGCACCCCUUCCUACAUGACAUGCUAAAGGAGUGGGUAAGACACUGCACUGUUUGCACACACCACAACACCAGACCUACAUACAAACCCGGGGUGGGUAAGUUCCAACUAAAGACACGUCCAGGGAAAGAAAUCAUCAUUGAUUUUACAGAUAUGGUUAACUCAGUCCGAGGGUACAGGUAUGUUUUGAUGUGUGUUGAUGCAUUUACAGGAUGGCCAGAAGCAUGGCCAGUGAAAAGAGAGGACAGCAAAUCAGUAGUUAAGUGUCUCAUCAACCAUUACAUCCCACAGCAUGGCUUCCCAGAAAAGAUCAGGUCGGAUAAUGGGUCACACUUCAAGAACCAGGACCUCCAGUACGUGGAGGCCAUGUUGGGACUUAAACAUGGUUUUGGGUCCGUGUACCAUCCUCAAUCUCAGGGUAAGGUUGAGAGGAUGAACCAGACAGUCAAGAACAGGCUGUCAAAGAUUUGUGCCCACACAGGGCUGAACUGGGUGGAUGCUCUACCGCUCGCCCUCAUGUCCAUCCGAUCCUCAGUAAACAGGACAACUGGACACACCCCAUUCGAGCUCGAACGUGGUCGACCUUUUCCAGGGCCAGAGCGAGCCCUGCAAAACACUGACCCUCCUCCCUCUCACAUGCACCAGAAAGAUUAUUAUGUACAACUGCAAUCUGUUCUCUCUGAAUUUGCUAAGCAGGUGCGAGACAGCAAAGACGGCACCAAAGACGGUGACCUACCCAUCACUGACUGGGUCCUCCUUCGGGUCAUCAAGAGAAAGUGGAGCGAGCCUAGGUGGACAGGACCAUUUCAGGUGACCGAGAGAACCUCCCACGCAGUCCGGCUGGACGGGAAAGGAGACACCUGGUUCCACCUCACUCAGUGCGCCCCAGCUGUAACACCUCAACGCUCCCUGAAGGAAGUGCGGCAGGAUCUUGCAGCAGCUGCAGCAGGAAACCAAACCAAAGAGCCACACACCUCCAGAAAAGACACAGGGCAGAAUAAUCCCUGCAACGAAAAAGGCACAGGGUAGUCUACCCCUGACCGCCUGAAGAAAGGAGACAACAUCCUGCAGGACGUCGGCUGACAACUGCUCUAGUAGACAACGAAGCUACGCUGCAAAGACACAGGGCAGAAUAAUCCCUGCAACGUAAAGGGCACAGGGUAGUCUACCCCUGACCGCCUGAAGAAAGACGACAACAUCCCGCAGGACGUCGGCUGACACCUGCUCCAGUAGACAACGACGCUACGCUGCCUGUCCGGGCGACCUCCACGGACGGAUCAUCUGUCAGGUCGUACAAGACGAGAAGAUUUUUUACCUGUAUGUUCCACACUGUAUGUUCCACACCCUUUUAUUUCGGCAUUUAUCUGGUUAUUAACUUACAUUGUAUUGCUCGACGUUCUUUUGUGGGUUGAGUUUUGCAGAAACGAAAUGAGGAUCCCUCGUCCUAAAUUUGGCUCAUGGCCAUGGUUGAUUGCUUUAGUCUUAUUUAACAUAGGUUUGCUGCUUAUAAUUUUAGGGCUGACUAGGGAGUUCCCACAGUUGCCUACAAACGCCACAAAACACGAUGCAACAUACCUCUCACGUCCCAUUCGCAGUUAGGAUGCUUAUUCGGCCCGUCCAUCAAUCUCUGGUAAUGCUACGGCCCUAACCAUUACUUGCAAAUAAUCUGGUCCAAACACCCCUGUGCAAGUUGGCCUCUCCCUCGGAGAUGGCGACAAUUGGCGACAAGCAGAAGGUCCCGUACCCUAUGAUGUAUUUUACACGCCCCGGGGGGGAAUGACAGCCAAAAAGGGGGUGUCAGUAGUGUCCGUCAAUUUCACUUACUUAAAGGUCAUGGUUCCCACUCCUUCUGAAUGUCGGGUUUGUAGAUUUGAUGUGUAUCCCUCUGGCAAUCAAAGUACUCACGGUUGUUUUCCAUCUCCUCCUCUAACCCCCAGCCUACAGCUUGAUACUAACCUGUCCCUUAGUGAGAUAGACCCUGACCUGGAUGCCGCCCUGCAUGCGAACAAAAGUAAUGUUUACCUAGUCAUAGCGGAAGUACAGACGGUUAAAUUUAUACUCCUGGCACUGUUGAUGCGCUCAUUGAAGGUGAUCUCUUUGAAGAGAUCAAAAGGGGGAAUUUGUGGGAACUCACAGGUUCAUGCUAAUCAUUUAACCAUCACAUGUUCACGCUAAUCAUUUAAUCAUUGAUGACAAUCAUUUAAUCAUUGUUUCAGGUAAUUAACUGUUUUUUUAUUGUGUUUACAUUAUUUUGUGUGCUCAUUGCGGACAUGUACUGAUGAGUAAGAUAAGAAAGUUUAAAGCUAACACAGGGGCAAUUGAUCACUGUGUCACAACGUAUAGAACAGAGACUCUCAGUAAAGAAAGGUUUUAGCUUAUGCCUAGAAGUGCCAAGGGUUGGUAAGUAUGGUUUUAAACUGUUCUGCCUUAACAGUCAUUUAGAUUUUAGCUUAUGCCUAGAAGUGCCAAGGGUUGGUAAGUAUGGUUAUAAACUGUUAUGCCUUAACAGUCAUUUAUUUGAAGUGUGUAUUAUAAUCACAACAGUCAUUUAUUAAAAGUGUUCCUUAUAAAAGUGCUCUAUGACCCUGACAUAUGCCUCAGAUAAUGAUGUGCCUUUCAUAAACAGAUGUGCAGGUGCUAGUCAGAGAUGUGAACAACAGGACGAGGGAGGAAGAUCACUCUGUCCUGAGAAGAUGGGGAGGUGUAAAGGGGGGGUUUGCAUGCCCAGCAGUCUGCCCAGUGGGAACUCAGUGAAAGCUUGGAAUACAUGACGCAAAUAUGAUAAAAGGAGACAAGCGCUGGAUGCAUCCAAGGUCAACUGCCCUGAAACCACGGUUUCGGUCAGGUAAAAAAAAAUAGAACAAUACGAGCUUGUUUGUCCAUAGAGAAACACUGGGGACUGCUGGUUAUGUAAACUCUCCGCCCAAAAAGAUGAUGAGACGCCUCCUAGGGUAUAACUAUUAACUACUGAAAAAUAGUAAUCAGACCACCUCAGAGAUACCAUUGGGUUGAUGUUGUGCUCUCCAAGAUAUCUUGUGUUAUUUGAUGUGCCGA